AUGUUGACGGCUCCUCGAAUCAGUGGACGUUUCACCCAGCUCCUGCUGUUGGCCGCCAUCCUUCUCGUUCUCAUCGUAUCCUUAUACACAAAUGCCGACGCCAUUCAUAUUCCCGAGACCAUCUCUCUGAAGCCUCCAACAAAAGGCCGACCACACCAUCCCAUCGAUGAUUUGAUUGAAGAGGCGGAUCGCCAACAAGAUGCACUUUUGCAGAAGCAGUCGCAUACCCUAGCUGAUGCAGUGCGCGCAUACGAGGAUCGCAGAGGAAGACGGCCACCACCAGGUUUUGACGUUUGGUUCCACUUUGCACAAGAGAACAAUGCUCUCGUCGUUGAAGAUUUCUUCGACCGCGUAUACCACGAUCUCAACCCCUUCUGGGCUAUUCCUGCCUUGAAUAUCCGUCAACAAGCCGGCGACAUCUUCCAUCGCAUCAGCGUUCGCAAUGGCAACACUUCACAGCUUAGUGACGAGCCUCGUGUCUGGCUGGACCUCUGGGAGAACUUGAUUGGCACAAUCGCCCAACAUCUACCCGACAUGGACAUACCUAUCAACGUCAUGGACGAAUCGCGCGUCAUUGUACCAUGGGAAACAAUAGACGAGUACAUGACUGCAGAGAAGAAGUCUCGCCGCAUGGUUCCUGCUUCCGAAGUCGUGCGCAAGUUCGGCAAGACUUCUGUCGGCAAAGAUGAAGAGGUGCCUCCUUUUGAUCCCCAAUGGGAGGGUGGUCCGUACUGGGACCGUGCCGUUAUCGGCUGCCAUCCCGACUCUCCUGCUCGCUCAUACAAGGCAGAAGUCGACUACACAGCCUUCCCACCUUUGAACAAUUCUUACCCAGAGAAGAGCUAUGAAGGCUAUGUUACUAAUUGGACGUACGUAAAGCAACCAUGUGAGCAUCCUCAACUCCAAGGUCUUCACGGUACAUUCGUUGAGCCGAUCUCAAUAUCAAACUCUAGAAAACUCAUGCCCCUAUUUGGAGGCUCAAAGCUACCCAUGAACAACGAGAUUUUGCUACCGCCAGCUAUGUACUGGACGGACGACCCAUUUUACUCUGGAGGAGAGCAACAUGGUGCUGAAUGGGACAAGAAGAAGAACAAAAUAAUCUGGCGUGGCGCUGCCUCGGGUGGUCGUAACAAGGACACGAACUGGGCGCGCUUCCAGCGUCAUAGAUUUGUCUCGAUGAUGAACAGAACCAGUAUUGCUCAUGCUGAAGAAACGGGCAAACAGCCCAACUUCGAGCUCCCGGAACCUGGACAAUACGACUUACCGCCUGGGUCUUUGGCAAAGUGGGUUGGUGAAUCAGCCGAUGCGGCUUUUGUCCAUCUUCUCUGUUUCCCUGAUACUCGACCGCCUUUCUGCGACUAUGAUGAUGCAUUCUACGAAGUCAAGCCACCUAUGCCCAUGGGUGAACAAUACGACUAUAAAUAUCUGCCGGAUAUUGAUGGCAAUUCUUUCUCUGGACGCUACCGAGGAUUCCUCGGAUCGACAUCUCUUCCAAUCAAGGCUACUAUUUACGAUGAAUGGCAUGACUCCAGAAUGAUGGCAUGGAAGCAUUUCGUGCCCAUGGACAACACAUUUGUGGAUGUCUACGGCAUUAUGCAUUAUUUCUUGGGUGGCCGCGAUGCAGCAGCCAAGAAGAUUGCGCUCGAAGGCAAGCAAUGGACUGAGACUGUUCUCAGAAGAGAAGACAUGCAGAUCUACGUCUUCAGACUAUUGCUCGAGUAUGCAAGAGUAUGUGACGACAAUCGAGAGAAGCUUGGCUGGGUCAGUGGGAUGGAGAGUUUACUGUUGGCCGAUAUGGGCACGGAUGGGACGAAUUAA